AUGACUAAUACUACACCAUAUCAAAUUUCAAAUCCAUUCAAAGUUUCAAUUAUCGGAUCAGGUAAUUGGGGUACCGCAGUUGCAAAAUUAGUUGCUGAAAAUACAAGUGAAAAACCAGAAAUAUUUCAAAAAGAUGUUCAGAUGUGGGUUUUUGAAGAAGAAAUUAAUGGAAAGAAACUUACCGAAAUAAUAAAUACUGAACAUGAAAAUGUUAAAUAUUUACCAGAUAUUAAAUUACCAGAAAAUUUGAUCGCAAAUCCUGAUAUUGUUGAUACUGUUAAAGAUUCUGAUUUAAUUGUAUUUAAUAUUCCACAUCAAUUCUUGGGUAGAAUUGUUAAACAGUUGAAAGGUCAUGUCAAACCAACUGCUAGAGCAAUUUCAUGUUUGAAAGGUUUAGAAGUUGGUCCAGAUGGAUGUCAACUAUUAUCUACUGCUAUAACUGAUCAAUUAGGUAUAUAUUGUGGUGUUUUAUCAGGUGCUAAUAUUGCAACCGAAGUUGCAAAAGGUAAUUGGUCAGAAACAUCAAUUGCUUAUACAGUUCCAGGUGAUUUUAGAGGAGAAGGUAAAGAUAUUGAUGAAUUUGUUUUAAAACAAUGUUUCCAUAGACCAUAUUUCCACGUCAGAGUUAUUGCUGAUGUUGUUGGUGCAUCAAUUGCUGGAGCCUUAAAAAAUGUUGUUGCUUGUGCAGUUGGUUUUGUUGUUGGAGCAGGUUGGGGUGAUAAUGCAAAAGCAGCAAUAAUGAGAAUUGGUAUUAAAGAAAUUAUACAUUUUGCAUCAUAUUGGGAAAAAUUUGGAAUGAAAGGUAUAUUACCACCAAAUCCAGCUACAUUUACAGAAGAAAGUGCAGGAGUUGCUGAUUUAAUAACAACUUGUGCUGGAGGUAGAAAUGUUAAGGUUGCAAAAUAUAUGAUUGAAAAUAAUGUUGAUGCGUGGGAAGCAGAAAAAACAGUUUUAAAUGGUCAAUCAUCACAAGGUAUAAUAACAGCAAAAGAAGUUCAUGAAGCUUUAGUUUCAUUUAAAUUACAACAUGAAUUCCCAUUAUUUGAAGCUACAUACAAAGUUAUCUACGAAGGUGGUAAUGUAGAUGAUUUUCCAGCAUUAUUAGAAGCAGAAGAUUAG